GCAGCCAAAGUAGAAGAAAUUUUUCUGCUGGGCGGUGGGGGUGACAGUUGAGGAUUUCAACUAACAAAAUACUCAACAUGAGUACCAAGUCCUCCACCACUCAUCUGCCUUCCUACCACCCUAUAUACCGCCCAUACCUUACCCUUUCCUAGUCUCAUUUCCAUGUGCUAACCCCCAUUCUUCUCUAGAAUUGCCGAUUUCUUUUUACAGAAUACCCAACCUUCCAUAUUGUAGCAUAUCCAUGGCCGAAACAAAGAGGAUCUGCACCUUUCUGCUGAGACUUAUAGCCUUUGGCACGACGGUUUCAGCUGCAAUUAUAAUGGCUUCAAGCCGUGAGAGAACUACUGUUUUGGCAUUAUCGUUUGAAGCAAAAUACUCUGAUAUACCUGCUUUUAAGUACUUUGUAAUUGCAAAUGCAAUCGUGAGCAUCUAUGGGUUUUUGCUACUGUUUCUUCCAUCAGAAAGCCUGCUCUGGCGAUUAGUUGUUGCCUUGGAUGUGGUUAUCACCAUGUUGCUUACCUCAAGCAUUUCAGCGGCCCUAGCAAUUGCUUAUGUGGGCAAGAAAGGAAAUCCCAAUGCAGGUUGGCUACCCAUCUGUGACCAAGUCCCUAAGUACUGCAACCAAGUAAAAGGAGCAUUAGUUGUUGGAUUCAUCAGUGUGAUUAUCUACAUGUUGCUCCUCCUCUAUUCUAUUCACAGAGUUUUAAACCCUCUUCUUGUUGAAAAGUCUUAGUUAGACAUACUUUCAAGUAUUUUCUCCCUUUUGGAGUUGCCUUGCGUUUAUGGCAUUUUAAUUAUCUCUGCUUCCAGUCGUUCUGGGAUCCUCUCCCGUCUGCCUGUGUGUGCGUGCUAUGUUUUCUGUAGUUUUCUUCUCUUCUGUCGAUGAAUUUCCUGCUGAUGGUCUCCUCGGCCUUUUGAUUCUGGUUUUGGCUUUUCCAUGCAAGGGGCGAGUUUUUCAGGAAUGACUGGAAAGUUUUGAUUUUGCUGCGUGUUGAUUUUCUUGUUAUGUUAUAGCAUGUAUGUUCUGGGGUGUUUUCCUGGCAACUGGUGGUCUUGUGCAAAAUGGACAGAGCCUUGCCCAUGGCCUUUCUGCCUGCUCUUGGCCUUUUCUAUCAAUCAAAAGAAGACAGGUGUUCAAGUAUGGGCUUUCUGUUUCAUCUUGUUCGAUCCUUUUUAUUUUUUUAAGCAUUACUUUUACUUCAAAUAGAAUAAUAAACCUGUUGUGCAUCCUCAGUCAGAAUGUUGUAGAAUGCAGAUGAUACUUAAACUUGAUCAGUCUAGCUAGGAAGAGACAGGUCUUUGACCGAUGUAGAACAAACUUGUUAAGAUUGAUGGGCGAAAUUACUAUCUUAUUUCUUCUUUA